GUACGGAGUACCAAAAAUGUAGUGUUUUAAUGCUUUCUUCCAUUUUUGAACACUCAUAGUGGGGCAUUUUGCAUUUUUCCCAAAAGAAGAAUAAGAAGUUAUCCUAUCUUAUUCCAUCAAAGCUUAAGAAUGGAUAUCAUUUUCGAGUAACCAACCUCAGACAAGCUCCCACUGCACUGUUACUUACUUUUCUGAAAGAAAGAGCUUACACAGUACACUAACCUCAUAGAGAGAUGGAGGUGGAGUUAGAGCCGAAGGUGAAGCCUUUACCUUUCAAAGUGAAGGCUAUGUCUCGAGAAUCUCCGGGUCAAAAGGCUUCCCAUGUACUUGACCCGGACCUCCGUAACCACUGGUCCACCGGCACAAACACCAAAGAGUGGAUCUUGCUUGAGCUAGAUGAACCUUGUCUGCUUUCACAUUUAAGGAUAUAUAAUAAAUCUGUGCUUGAAUGGGAAAUUUCAGCUGGCCUUCGCUACAAGCCUGAGACUUUUAUGAAAGUCAGACCUCGCUGUGAAGCACCUCGACGCGACAUGAUGUACCCUAUGAACUACACUCCUUGUCGUUAUAUUCGGAUAUCUUGCUUAAGGGGUUCCCCUAUAGCACUUUUCUUCAUUCAGCUGAUUGGCAUUUCUGUUACUGGACUCGAACCGGAGUUCCAACCUGUUAUAGACUACCUACUACCGCACAUAGUGUCACACAGACAAGAUGCUUCCAAUUUGCAUCUUCAGUUGCUUCAAGAAAUUACAAUCAGGCUGGGCCCAUUCCUUCCCCAACUAGAGGCUGAUCUUAGUGGCUUUUCAGAAUCAGAAGAGCAUGGUAUUCGAUUCCUUGCGACGCUUGUUGGUCAAUUUUAUCCAAUUCUUCAUGUUGUAAAGGAAAGAGAAGCAACAAGGUUGGCAUGCAACACUUCAGAAACCGAAACUUCUAGGAAUAAUCAGAUUCCAUCAGCUUUGACAGUUUCAUCUAAUUUUGAACCAAGAAGAUCACGCAACACUUCUCCUUUGGUCUUACCCACUUCUAGUUACCUAGCAUUCCGUCCAGAUGCAAUCUUCAUGCUACUUAGAAAGGCACAUAAGGAUUAUAACCUAGGAAAUGUUUGCAGAGUGGCUUCUCAAAUUUUACUAAAGUUUAUGGGCCCUAUUAGCAUGACUGAAAUAUCCCAACCUCUGGAGAAUAGAUCUUCUCUCCCUGAUGAAGGAAAAAACCCAGAUCUUUCCCAUCCUGCUUCCUUCAUCGAUUACUCGGACAUUUUAGGGGAGGAAUUUCGGAUACCUGAGCAUCCAGACUCCAAUAUUAUAAAUGUGUUAGACAUUGCACUGGUGGAAGAAGGGGUUUUGCAUGUUCUAUAUGCUUGUGCAUCACAGCCUCUGCUUUGCAGCAAGUUUGCAGAUAAUUCUUCUAACUUUUGGUCAGCAUUGCCACUAGUAAUAGCAUUGCUUCCAGCGCUGCGUCCUAGUGUCACCAUUACUGAUCAAGUUGAUGACAAUUUCUCCCAGUGGAAAAUGCCUUUUGUACAGCAAGCCCUAUCUCAGAUAAUUGGCACUUCUUCCUCUUCACUAUAUCGCCCUCUUCUUCAUGCAUGUGCUGGUUACUUAUCCUCAUUCUCACCAACACAUGCAAAAGCUGCAUGUGUCCUUAUAGAUUUGUGUUCAGGUGUGUUGGCACCCUGGAUGACUCAAGUGAUUGUAAAGGUGGACUUAACUAUUGAGCUUUUGGAGGACCUUUUAGCUGUAAUCCAGGGUGUCCACCAUUCAUUUGCUCAAGCACGUGCAGCCCUCAAAUACAUUGUUUUGGCUCUAUCUGGGCAUAUGGAUGAAGUUUUGUCAAAACUUAAGGAUGUGAAGCACCGAGUUCUGUUUUUGAUUGAGAUGCUUGACCCUUAUCUGGAUCCAGCCAUUACCCCACUACAGAGUGUAAUUACAUUUGGGAAUGUACCAUCUAUUUUUCUUGAAAAGCAAGAGCACGACUGUGCUCUUGCACUGAAUGUCAUUCGUACAGCUGUAAGAAAGCCUACUUUACUUCCGUCCUUAGAAGCUGAGUGGCGACGGGGAUCGGUUUCUCCUAGUGUCCUACUCUCAGUUUUGGAGCCUCACAUUCAGUUACCUUCAGGUGUCAACCAUCGCCACUUUUUGGCAGAUUCAGAAUCAUCAUCCAUAUCACCGGAUUCUUCUAGUGCUAUUCUCAAUGGCAGUGUUGCUUCAAUGCCUAUGACCCAAGAUGGCACAGAUGGAAAGACUGCUUUUGAUAUGUCUUCGAAGAUGGAUCUUUCGGAUGAAGUGAGCUUUCUCUUUUGUCCUCCUGAGAUUAACAAAAUGUCACUCAUCACAGCUUCUGGCAAUAGUCCCCCAAAAGCGUCCUCUGAUUCAAGCCGUAGUGAUCCCAAAGUUAACCUCAUUGAGAAAGAUCCAGGCUACCAGUUCCUUAGUCCAUUUUUUGGUACUAACAACACUAUUGAUUAUCAUAAUAACUUGCGAGCUGAUUGUUUACAACUUAUGAACCAUCGAGAUUGCCAGCUGAGAUCUUCUGAGUUUAGGCGUUUAGCUUUGGAUUUACAUUCUCAGAAUGAGAAUAUGAUUCCCGAGAGUCAUGAUGCUGUUAUAGAUGCCCUUCUUUUAGCUGCUGAGUGCCAUGUGAAUCCCUUCUUCAUGAUGUCCUUCAAGGACAUUCCAAUGGUUAGAAGCAGCCAAAGGAAAGGUUACAGGGCUAGCAGGAAUUUCGGAUUUGCUGAUCUCAACAUAGAGUUUGAAGAGAACGAAAAUGACUUGAAAACAUUAAUCAAUCUUGAAAGAAAAAGGGACAAAAUUGUUCUUGAAAUUAUGCUUCAAGCUGCUGAGUUAGACAGGAGGUAUCAGCAAAACCGUGAUGAAGAAGAAGAAGAAAAUGAAGUCUUAAGGUUGUCUCAGAAUGAUCCUCAAGCAGAAGAUGCCAUUACUUUACUUCGACAAAAUCAAGCACUUCUUUGCAAAUUUGUUGUCGGAAAAUUACAAAGAGAUAAUUACCUCAAGCAUGAGGUACUCCUGCAAAUGCUUUUGUUCCUUCUGCAUUCAGGAACUAAAUUAUUCUGUUCACCGACAGAUAUUAUUGAGAUUAUACUGAAGUCUGCUGAGCAUUUAAACAUUCAGUUGACAUCUUUUUAUUAUCAACUUAAAGAGGGAAAUACAAAGCUAGAUGAGUGGAAGCUACAACUAGGCCAACGUUUAUGGACGCUUCUUAAAAGACUAGUGAUUGCUUCGAGUGAUUGUGCUGAAAGAUCGGAGCUUUGUAUCAAUUUCAAUAGUGGUCUUCAGUUUGCAAAUCUAAUCCCUCCUUCAGUCUGGCUUGAUAAAAUACCCACAUUCUCAACUUCUGUCUCUCCAUUAGUCCGAUUUCUUAGUUGGAUGGCAAUCUCUCGUAAUGCUAUACGAUAUAGGAAGGAUAGGCUCUUUCUCGUUUCAGAUAUGGAGCAAUUGGCAUGUUUGCUUUCUGUUUUUGCAGAUGAACUUGCUGCAGUUGAUAAUAUAUCUGAUUAUAAAGACGAGGCCGAAAAAAGCGAAGAAUCUUGCAGUAAGCGACGUUCUUUCCGCAUUAUGUACCCUGAUAUUAGUCAUUUCUUUCCCAAUUUGAAAAACGAAUUUGAAACGUUUGGGGAAUCUAUACUGCAAGCUGUUGCAUUGCAACUUAGAGCUUUCCCUUCAUCAACAGUUCCAGAUUUGAUUUGUUGGUUCUCUGAGUUUUGUUCAGAGCCUUUCAUUUGCUACCCAAAGAACCAGCGUUCCCUUCAGAAUGAUUCUGUGAAGGGGUAUGUGGCAAAGAACGCAAAAGCUAUAGUUCUUUAUGUUCUUGAAGCAAUUGUAGCUGAACAUAUGGAGGCAAUAGCACCCGAGAUACCAAGAAUUGUGCAAGUGCUGGUUUCUUUGUGCAGCUCUGCAUAUUGUGAUGUUUCAUUUCUAAACUCUGUUUUACUUUUGCUCAAGCCGAUCAUCUCAUAUUCCUUGCAAAAGGCAUCCGAUGAGGAGAGUUUAGUGAGUACUGAUGCUAUGUGCCUUAAUUUUGAGUCAUUAUGCUUAGGUGAACUUCUCAGUACCAUCAAAAGUGAAAACAAAGGUGAUUCAGGAGGCCGUUGCAGAGCAUUGACUGUUUUUGUUUUGGCUUCGGUUUUUCCCGACAUUUCUUCCAGUUGCAAAAUAGAACUGUUAAAAGCUUGUUUCAAAUCUGCAGAUUUUGCCUCUUUGGAGCAAACAACAUUGUUUCAUGAUUAUCUUUGUGCAUAUCAGGCUCUUAUGCAAAGUUGCAAGGUUUUGAUGGUUAGCCUUUUAAAAUUCUCAGGAGUCAUUCCAUGUAAGAUCUCUGAAUUUUCUAACAUCGAAAUGGGUGCGAGAAACGGUGAUGGAUCUGAGUUUCCAUGUUUUCUUGAAGAUGUUUACAACAUUUCAGUUGAGGUGAAUCAAAGUAGCGAACAUGAAAAGGGUGUGAGUGAAAAACGACUCCUAAAUACUAAUGAAAUAUAUAUGUUCUCAGAGAAUUUAGGCGCACUUAUCUCUAAGCUCAUCCAUACUGUCGAGCAAUGCUACAUAAUUCAUCCUAAACUGGCCAAGAAUCUCACACUAAUCUGUGCAGAGUGUUUCAUGUAUUUAAGAUGCUUAUCUUAUGUUGCUGAAAAAGUUUCUGUUUCUGGGGGAGCUGAUCUGCAAAGUCUGCCUGAGUCUAUCUCUUCUAGUGGAGAUAAUUGGAAAGCCAGUCUUGAAGCGCUUUCUGAAAUGGUUAUAUUGCUUCAGAAAAACCGUUGCUGGGGGGUUGCAUCAGUGAUCCUUGACUGUCUAUUUCACGUUCCUCAGUUCUUCGAUUUACAAAGCACAGUUGAUAAUAUAUGUGCUGCAAUAAAAACAUUUUCACAAGAUGCACCGGUAAUUGCUUGGCGGCUACAAACAGAUAAGUGGCUGACCUCACUUUUCACGAGAGGAAUCCGAGAAAGUGAAGCUCUGAUUGAUCUCUUAUGUUCAAUUCUCUGCCAUCCAGAGCCAGAACAACGCUUCAUUGGUCUUAAGCAACUAGGAAAGCAUGUGAGCCAAGGUGGAAGUUGCAGAACUGUUUUCAUAUUGCCAACUUUAAUUGAUAAUGAAGUACUUCCAUCAGAGCCUGAUGUACGUUCUGCUCUAGUGUCAAGAACUUGGGAUGAAGUAGCUUUGCUGGCUUCUUCUGAUGCAUCACUACAGUUGAGAAUCAAUGCAACGGCACUUCUUGUAAACUAUGUCCCAUUUGUUGAAAGGCCCAAAUUGCAAUCUUUCCUUGCUGCAGCUGAUUGUGUCCUUCAGUGUUUGAUGAAACUUUGUCAGCCUGUGUGUGAAGGCUCAUUAACACAACUCUCUAUUGCACUUAUUGCUUGUGUUUGCCUAUACUCCCCAGCUGAAGAUAUUCUUUUGAUUCCUCAAAAUCUGUGGCGAGGCAUUGAAAACUUUGCAUGUGCUGGAAGUGAAAAAAUCCCCAUGGGCCCCGAGAAAAGGGUGUGCCAAGCUUUAUAUAGGCUGAGAGGAGAAGGGGAUGCAGCCAAACAGGUCUUGAAGGAAGCAAUCUCUUCAUGUUCCCCGAAACAAGUGGACCCUGCAUUUGCAAGUACACGCGAAACAAUUCUUCAGGUUAUUACCAAUCUAACUUCUGUCCAAUCAUAUUUAGAAUUUUUCUCUAAGGAACAUGACUGCAGGAAUGUGGAAUUGGAAGAAGCUGAGAUAGAAAUGGAGCUUCUUCAAAAAGAAUGUGCUUUGCAGAAGUUAUCCAAUGAUUCCAGAGAUCAACAUCAACUUCCCUUCAUAGCAGAGUAUGUGAAGGAUGAUGACCGUUUGCAGCAAAUUAAGGAUGGAAUAAGAUCCAUGGAGAAGGCCCAACUUAGAGAACAAAUUGAAGCACGUAGGCAAAGAAAGUUACUUGCUAGGCGUGCCCGCCAAUCAUACUUGGAAGAGGCAGCUAGACAUGAAGCACAACUUCUACAAGAACUGGAUAGAGAGAGGACUACAGAAGUAGAAAGAGAGAUUGAGAGACAGCGGUUGCUGGAACUUGAACGUGCUAAAACCAAGGAGUUGAGGCACAACCUUGACUUGGAGAAAGAAAGGCAAACACAGAGAGAUCUACAGAGGGAACUUGAGCAAGUAGAAUCUGGACUGCGACCAUCAAGACGUGAAUUUUCGUCCUCACAUAGUAGGCCCCGGGAAAGAUAUCGAGAAAGAGAAAACGGUAGACCAGUAAAUGAAGGGACCUUGUUGAAAGCUGCUGCUAAUCCGCCUGAGACGACAGUUAUGUUAGCGGGACCCAGACAGAUCUCAACCCAACCCCCAACCAUCCUUCAAUCCCGUGACAGACCGGAUGACGUUGGAAACAGUUAUGAUGAUAGCUUUGAUGACACGGGAAGUGUCGGGGAUGCUGACAUGGCAUCAGCAAUUGAUGGCGUGGGGUCUAUGAAUUUUGGGCCUUCCCAAAAGCUAGGAGGAUCAAGGGGGGGUGGAAAGUCUACUAGACCGAUCAUGGAACGGAGAGAACGUGAUGUGGGGAGACGAGAAGGGAAAUGGGAAAGGAAAUACUAGGCAGUACUAGUAGUAGUUUCCUGUCCUGUUUGAAUGAAUAUAUAGAACCUUAAUGUUGUGCAUGUAAGAAUGUAUGAUUGAUCAUCUAAAUUACUUAAUAUAGCCACACAGGCACACACACAUGUAUUUCAGGUAGAUGUAUAUGCAUUAUUAUGGUAAUAUAUAAACAUAAAACACUUGUAUAUUUAGUUGGCAGAAAUGUGUUGGGGCAUUCUGGGAGAAGAGAGUUUGUACCAUAAUUGAGA